UUAAGCAUUCACCACAAAAAUACCCAUGGCUAACAAAAGCAAUACUAUUAUUCAAGUCAUUCCGUUACAAAUCUACACAGCGGGGAAGUGGGGACUAGCUUCUGCUCGACAAUCUGCUUGGUGGGAAAAUAUUCAAUUAUACCAUGGAGUUAGAAACAGCUCCAUGAUUUUUAACGGAGUUAAGCUGGUUGGUUGGCGAGUAUAUGAACACGUUUAGCUCUGCGAGGGUUGUGUGAUCCGAGUUGAAGUAUUUUAGUUGUGCGGUGUACUGGCGGGAAGGUUAGCAGGGGGUCGGGAGUUUUUUGGAACCACUCGUCUUAACACAGCUAGCUGUUGUAGUAGUAGCUACAUUUGGUGAUCGGUUACGAACCAUCCAAAAGACAGAGUGGAAAUAAUCAGUUUGGAGAAGAUUUUCUGUCGUUAACAACGUGAGUUGACUUGUUAUGCAAUAAGUCGACCUGGCCGGCAACUUUCAAUGAUACACAAAUCAUGAAUAUACAGACAAUUGCGGAGCCCCGUACAACGGAGAAAUGAGUUUACAGUGAGAAAUAAACAGCAACUCCACGUUGAGUCCAACUGAAUCAGACUUCCAUUUGACCAUCCUAGCUAGUAAUCAAGAUGCAUUUCGACGAGAUCCUCAACCAUAUUGGUACUUUUGGUCGCUACCAAAAGAUGAUUUUCUUCUUCGUGUGCGUGUUCUCCCUUCCUAUGAGUUAUCAUCAAUUCGCCCAGGUGUUUCUCGCUCCAGACACGGCACACUGGUGUGCCACCCCGCAGCUGACCGAGCCGAACUGCAGCCUCUACUCCAAGGUGUCUGAUGACUACUCACUGUGCCUCGAAGAAAGGAAGAACUUGAGCAUUCCUAGAGAUGAGAAAGGAAAGUUUGAUGGAUGUCUUAGAUACCGCCAUUUUGGUGAAGAGGAUGCUUUACUUUAUGAGAAUGAGACCGAAGGAUUUUGGAAUGAAACCAUUGGGUGCGAUGCGGGAUGGGAGUACGAUCGCUCACAGUAUCACACAACCGUCGUUCAAGAUUUCGAUGUUGUCUGCGACCAAAAAAACAUACCGGAGAUGGCCCAGUCGUUGUUCUUUGCCGGUGUGUUGGUCAGUUCUCUCAUCAGUGGUUUCUUCGCUGACUGGUUGGGGCGUCAUCGGACAUUAUUUCUGUGUCUUGGAUUCCAGUUUAUCUUCAGCUUGGUCACAGUGUUUGCUCCUACGAUGUCUGCUUUCAUAGUAUUGCGUUUCUUUCUGGCUGUAUCUAACAUGGGGGUCUACAUCAUGGCGUUUGUUAUAGGUACGGAGCUCGUAGGACCCGAGUGGCGCACCUUUAUAGGAGUUUGUGCAGAAUGUGCCUUUGCGAUGGGUUACAUGCUACUAGCCGUCGUUGCCUACUUUGUUCGUGACUGGAGAACAUUGCAACUAAUCGGAGCCAUACCAAUUGCAGCCUUCUUUCUUCUCAUUCGCGUAAUUCCUGAGUCUGCCCGUUGGCUGAUCACCCAAGGCAGGCUGGCGGAAGCUGAGGUCAUUAUCCGUAAAAUUGCCAAAGUCAACAAGGCCAAACUGCCAGAACAACUCUUUAGUGAGGCAGAUCGAAUGCAGGUAGUGGUUAGAAGAUCAUUUAUUGAUUUGUUCCGCACUCCAAACCUAAGAAAGAGAACAUUUAAUGUUAUGUUCAACUGGUUUGUCAAUGCUGCAGUUUACUACGGCCUAUCGUUGAGCACCUCCAACCUCGGAACCGACGACUACUUAGCGUUUUUUAUCGGUGGCUUUGUAGAGAUCCCAGCAUGCAUUGCUGUCUUGUUGACUAUCGACAGGUUUGGUCGUCGCUUCAUCCUGUUCUUAUCUUUACUCCUUGGAGGUAUUUCCUGCCUGGCAACCAUCUUUAUUGAGGCUGGAGCAGGAAGAACGACCGUAGCGAUGAUUGGAAAGUUUGGUAUCUCGGCUUCUUUUCUUCUCAUCUACAUAUUCUCAGCAGAGAUCUUCCCUACCCCUGUCAGGAGUAUUGGUAUUGGUCUUUCGUCCAUGUGUGCCCGUUUUGGAAGCAUCAUGGCUCCGCCUCUGUUGGUACUUCGCAGUCUAUGGGAACCACUUCCACUCUUAGUAUUUGGCUGUCUCGCUGUGCUUGCAAGCUUCUUGAGUCUUUUACUCCCUGAGACGUUGGGUCUUAACAUGCCCGAGACCAUCAAACAAGGAGAAGAGAUGGGAGCUGGAGUACCAUUCAGGCUUCCCCACUGGCGAGGUUGGAAACAUGGACAAGGUGUGACCCGUGACGAUGACAAGACCUACAAGCCCGUUGAUACCAACCAGAACGGAAAGAGUGAUGACAUCAGCGGCGAUGAGAGAGGGAGUAAGGAUGAUGGAUGUAAGGUUGAUGAGGACGAAGGUAAAGUUGGUAAUGCUUUAGUGUAAAUUUAGUUUGCAUAGGGGAUGAAGAAUACCAAUCUUGGUUUUUACCCAUUAUUACACACCGAUGUGAAUUAGCACUGUAUACUCAGUACUUUAUGGUUCUCUGUGAAAACA